GGUCUCGAGCCAGGCUCUCAGAUAGCGCGUUGAGUGUUGACGGAGAACUCGAGAGUCCCUUUGGCUUCCCGCAUAUCAAUUCAAUCUCAGCCCAUCAACCACUCUUCCCAUCAAAAAAGAAGAAGAAAAAAAAAACUACUCACCUCUGCAUUUACCGGGCUCCACAAUUCCGGAAUAAACCAUGAUUACUUCGCAAAGAAGCUUAACUGGGUCGUCGCAGAGCCCUAGAUCUCCACCGUCACAGCCGUAUCUAUCAGUUUCCGUUAUGGAUCCCGUCAAAUUAGGCAAUGGCGUCCAAGCUUACAUAUCCUAUCGCGUCAUCACCAAGACCAAUUUCCCGGAAUACCAAGGCCCGGAAAAGAUUGUUAUUAGGCGUUACAGUGACUUUGUUUGGCUACGUGAUCGCCUUUUUGAGAAGUACAAAGGCUUUUUCAUUCCUCCCCUUCCUGAGAAGAGUGCUGUAGAGAAAUUUCGAUUUAGUGCUGAAUUUAUUGAGAUGAGACGUCAAGCAUUGGAUGUAUUUGUUAAUCGGAUUGCUUCACACAGUGAGCUUCAACAGAGUGAAGAUCUUAGAACCUUUUUGCAGGCAGAUGAAGAGACAAUGGAGAGACUGAGAUCUCUAGAGACUGGUAUUUUUAAGAAGAAGCCAGCUGAUUUGAUGCAAAUGUUCAAGGAUGUACAGUCUAAGGUGAGCGAUGUUGUUCUUGGAAAGGAAAAACCUGUUGAAGAAUCAAAUCCUGAAUAUGAGAAGCUUAAACACUAUGUUUUUGAGCUUGAAAAUCAUUUGGCUGAAGCCCAGAAGCAUGCAUAUCGUCUUGUUAAGAGACACAGAGAGUUGGGGCAAUCUCUAUCAGAUUUUGGGAAGGCUGCCAAGCUUCUUGGUGCUUGUGAAGGCCAAGCUGUUGGGAAAGCAUUUUCGGAAAUUGGGGCUAAAUCUGAGACACUGGCAGCUAAGCUACAGAAGGAGGCCCAUCAACUCUUGAUGAACUUUGAAGAACCCUUGAAAGAUUAUGUUCGUGCUGUCCAGUCCAUAAAGGCCACAAUAGGAGAGAGAGCUAAUGCUUUCAGGCAACAGUGUGAACUGGCUGAAACAAUGAAGUUGAAGGAGAUAAAUCUUGACAAGCUCAUGCUAACACGCUCUGAGAGGGUGCGAGAAGCUGAGCAUGAGUACAAGGAGUUGAAGGAAGAGAGUGAGGAGGCGACAAGAAGAUUUGAGACUAUUGUGCGACUGAUGAGUGAAGAGAUUGUACGAUUUCAGGAACAGAAAACACAAGAUAUGGGGAUUGCUUUUCAUGAAUUUGCAAGAGGACAGGCUCGAAUGGCAAAUAAUAUCGCCGAUGCCUGGCGAAGUCUCCUUCCUAAGCUAGAAGCUUGCUCUGCUUAAUGAAUGAAGGACUAGUAAUCAUCAUCAAACUUAUUGCUCACCUUGGUGGUGCUUAGAUUGGAGAAAUGGCAGCGUAGUUCUUGCUAUGUAAAAACUUGACCAUCUGCCUCUGCCAUUUUAUGUUGUGCCAGUUAUGGUUCUUUUCAACGCUUUGUCUCGGUUCUACUUGUACAAAUUUUAAGACUGAGUGGCAAGUCGAGUCAAUGGUCAACUGUUUUACCGAUUAGAGCUGAGAAAAA